CCGUGUCCGCCGUGCCCGCGCUUGCCGACUCGGCGCGCCAGCCGCCCUGCUCCGUCUCUGACAGCGCCUUCUCACCGCAGGCCGGCCGCCAGCUGCAGCAGCACCAACCAGAGAUGUCGAGCGGGUCCGUCAGCUUCUCCAGCCUGCUGCGCGACGCCGAGCUGCCCGCCGAGCGCCUCUUCCCUCUCAGGGAAAUGCCGCCCCUCCCCUGUGCGGAGGCAGUCUCCAUGCCGCAUUCGGGAUCACCUCUGCAGGGACCGUCACAGUCGGACGACAGACAUCACGAAAUGAAGACCGAACGUAAGGCCGAAGACCAGAUGAUCGCAAAAAAUGAGACCCAACAACAGGCAGAUAACAACCAGCAACAGACAGAAGAACAGAAACUGAAGCAACGCAACAAACCGAACACGUGCGCAGAGUGUGGCAAAACUUUCGCCACACGCUACUCUCUUAAGGAGCACAUGCGCACACAUACAGGAGAAAAGCCCCACCUGUGUGCACAGUGCGGGAAGCGCUUCAGCCAGCGGCGCAAUUACCGCUACCACCUGUCGCUGCACUCCGGGUCGCGGGAGUUCGCAGCCGAGUGCCCCGAGUGCGGCAAGACGUUCAGCAACCGCAGCUACCUGAGCUCCCACAUGAAGAUCCACCGCAACCAGCGCGAGUACGCGUGCGCCGAGUGCGGCAGGCGCUUCAACCAGCGCGUCGCCUACAACAUGCAUAUCCGCAUCCACUCAGGAGACAGGCCACACCGCUGCACCGUCUGUGACAAGGCCUUCUCCCGCAAAGUGCUGCUCAAGCAGCACAUGCGCACCCACACGGGUGAGAAGCCCUUCACCUGUCAGGUGUGUGACAAACAGUUCGCGGACCGCAGCAACAUGGCGCUACACGCGCGCUCGCACUGGGGUAUCAAGCCGUACCACUGCCAUCACUGCGGCCGCUCCUUCUCGCGGAGGAACAACCUACGCUCUCACAUGGUCAGCCACAUGCCUGGAGUCGAACUGGGGACCGCCCAGUACUCGCCCACUGCACCGGGAGCGCCUGCGCCGCAGCAGCGCAGGGUGCAGUCAGCGGCGUUGCGAUCCACCAGCGUCAUCAUCAGAACCGCUACGGCCACACGUGGAGCUAAAGCCAGCCCAGGCGAUGGCCGGGCCUCUACAGGCACAUAAGGGAACUGGUAUGGUGGGGCUGCUGGCAGCAUGCCUUCACUAAAAUGUAGGGUAACAUCUGUCGGCCCAAGACAGAGGAACAUCGUAGAUGUUUCAUAAGGUUACGUGGAGACUGCACGCAUGUUGCAGUUAAGCUCCGAGAACUAGUAAUUCCUUCCUCAUGGAUAACGUGGAAGAAGAAGAAAUGAGAAGUUUGUAUAUACACGACGAUACCGAAAGAGCAUAAGGGUGAUACACUGUGGGUAUCUAAUGAUAUGUAACGCGUCGGUAGAGUAAAUGUUGCUUGUAGAGACAUAUCUGUAUUUACUGUCAGACGCACACCAGGUACAACAGAUAAGCUGGAAACAAACGUAAUUCCUGAAGCGCUUAAGGAUUAGCAGAGACAGGGGCCAUCAUAAGUGAUCGAGAAGCUUAAACGCUACAAAACUAAUAACUUUUUGGUGCGCUUAUGGAACAGUAGCAGUUUCCCGAGUCCUACCUCAGUUUUUAUAACGUCUGACUACGAAUUGAUUAGUAUUCUUGAUAAGUGACCAAAGAGAAGAAAACUACACUGAUGGCUGAAGUAAAAAGAAAUAAAGACAAUAAUGUUACACACCCCAAAAUGUGUUUCUUAUAUUAUGAAAUUACUUAUAUUAAAAUAACUGUGUAUAUAGUAAAUUAAACAAAUAAUGAUGUUUUAUUUAAAAAACAGUCUUUUAUUGCUACAGUUUUGUACUUCAAAAUAUCUGUUACUUCCUGGCUUUAACCGAAAACUGAUAAAAAAACUCUGAUUAAUCAAUAUCAGAAAUAAUUUGUUCCACAUAAUAUAAAUAAUUGCAUUUCCAGCAUGCAUUUUGACACGAUAAGGAACAAUCUAAGUGCUUGUAGAAGAAUAAUUUAUUAUCUACUUUGUUUCUUAAUUUGUAACUCAUAAAAUAUUACUGAAAUCAUGUCAUUGUACUGUAAUGUGUAACAAUAAUCGUUGUAAACAGUGUACUGUAUUGGAAGCCAGAAAAUC